UUUCUCGCGUAAUACUUUUCGCUUAUUAAUGUUAGUGUGUAUUUGUCUUCGUUUAAAUAUUCAAGCAAAUGCAAAUAUAUAUUUAAUAUGUAAGAAAAGAAUAACAUAACCAAAAAAACGAGUUACAUGGAAGCGAAAACCAAGAGAUCAUUUCCUUUCAAUGAAGAUUUUGUUGCAAACAAUCAAGUGAAAAAAUUUAAAAUACAUGAUCCAAUACCAAGCAGAAUCAACAACAUGUUUGGAAAUAAUUUUAUAGAACAUUCCAAGGUACAAUCCUCAGAAACACUGAAACAUAUUUCACUUGCUGAAAGAAUGAUGCCAACGAAUAUUGAGGCUUAUGUAGGACAAAAACAAAUCAUUGGCCCAAACACAGUUUUAAAUUAUUUAUUGGAGAAAGGAGAGAUUCCUAGCAUGAUAUUCUGGGGUCCACCUGGAUGUGGAAAGACGUCCUUGGCGAAUAUAAUAGCAUGUUUAAGCAGAAAAUUAACGAGUAAUAAUGUGCACAUUGUGAAUCUAUCUGCAGCCAGUUCUGGUGUAAAAAGUAUAAGGGAUGCUGUUACCGCAGCAAAGGACAAAUCAAAAUUUGGAUGCAAGACCAUUGUCUUUAUGGAUGAAAUUCAUUGUUUCAAUAAGCUUCAACAAGAUAUAUUUCUGCCACACGUAGAGGCAGGAACAUUUACUUUAAUCGGAUGUACCACUGAAAAUCCAUUUUACAGUUUAAAUCCAGCUCUACUAAGUCGCUGUCGUAUGUUUGUGUUAAAUAAAUUAACAGAAUGCAACGUAACAGAAAUUCUUCAUAAGGCAUUAGAGCAUAUAAAUGGAAAGAUGCUUGAUGUACGAGAAAAAGAACUGAUAAACAGUAGAGAGCAGAUUAAAUUUCAUUCCAAUACAAAACUUAAAUAUCACGUUGAUAAUAAUACAGUACAAUGGCUAGCAGGAGCAUGCGAUGGUGAUGCACGUGUAGCUCUGAAUGCUCUAGAAUUAGCAACGCUUGCGAGGCAAGUAGAUGGAUCAAAAAUAUCACGCAAUAAUAAUAUAACAAUAACUCUGGAAGAUAUUAAAAAAGGUUUAAUAAAAACACACAUGCUCUCCGAAAAAGAAGCCAAUCAGAGCCAUCACAUAUAUUCCGCGCUUCAUAAAUCGAUAAGAGCUGGUAAGGCAAAUGCUUCUCUGUAUUGGUUAGCCAGAAUUAUGGCAGCUAAGGAAGAUCCGGUAAAUAUUGCAAGACGGCUAGUUAGAAUAUCUAGUGAAGACAUUGGUCUAGCAGAUCCCGAUGCUUUAGGUGUAGCUGUUCAUACAAUGUAUGGCUGUCAAAUGAUUGGUAUGCCAGAGUGUGACGUACUUUUGGGACAAUGCACGGUUUAUUUAGCAAAAGCACCGAAGUCUCGAUCGAUAUAUAAUGCAUUAAAAGCAGCUGAAAAAAUGAUUUUGGAAUGUGAAGGUCCUCAACCGGCUGUGCCAUUACACAUGAAAUGCAACUCGGACACAAAGCUGUAUCAAUAAUCUACUACGCUAAGAAUAUACGAUGGUACCUGUUUACUUAUUACAGCGUAUUGAUUGCUUUCAAAAA